GUGAAUUCACCGAAUUGUUACUUUUCAACAUGUCGGACGUCUCAACUUCUUGCCGAUCACCAGUGUCUACGGCCAAGAAGCGCAAGCCCACGUAUCUCGUGCGCAAGGAAGAAAAACGAGCUUUGAAGGACGAAAUCCUGGAGCUGCAGGCCCAAGUGGCUGUGCUCAAGACCAAAGGAAUGCCCACGGGUGCAGCCAUUGCAGCAGACCCAUUACUACGGCAGUCAACAGCUAAGUGGAAGGUGCUGACCAACACUAUCAAGAACCAACAGUUGGGUGUCGCUGCAGCGCAAUCUUUGGCUAUGGAAUGCACGAGAACGCAAUACUCACAUCCAUUGCACUCACGUAUCCGCCUCAAAACGAACUGGGGCGAGCGUAGAGCGACUCUCAUGGCCAUCCGGGAGGACAAGCUCACAACAGCGUACGACUACGUCAUGGCCCGCAGUCACUUCGCAGCUGAUAGUCAAAACUCUAACGAACAAUAUGAGACCGAUGAAGGCGACAUUUGCUUCGUGGGGAACACUGUGGUAAAGUUCCCAGGCGUCCAGUCAUUGGAGCAGGUCUUUGAAGCUCUGUGCUUCUACUUGACCAACAUGGAGAUCAGCAUCUCCGAGAGACUCGGCCACAUCACAGUGAGAGAAGACUACGACAUGGUCGAGGGGUCAGCGUACAACGCACGCAUCGUGUCCAGUGAUAGCAAUGGCAUCUCCACCGAGUCAAACACAGUUGUAUUCAUGCAGCUGAUCCAAGAGCACGAUCGUCGCUAUGCCGGCGAGUCGUGCGUCGUUGUGGCCUCCGACUGCGUCGACGAGGACGAGCGGUAUCCGUACCGGCCAUCGGAAUACAUUCGCAAGGACAUUUCGGGCGCAAUUGUCAUGACCGCGGACAGUGGAGCAUCCGACGGAGGCGACGAAAUGGUCGUCACCAUGCGACGCACAGGCUUUUUGAAACUGCAUCGCUCUGAGUUCCCAGUACCCCCGUUAGCGCAGCAAGAGCUCGAAGCUGGGAUCGCAGACUGGGGCACAGUCAUGAUCAAGGCCAUGCGUGAAAUUCUCUACGCACGGUCCUAAGGUGGUGCCUUAGUUAACGGCAGUUUAUCACGGCCAUAAUAACAAUUGCUGAUCACUUCGUUUGGCAAGCCGGAGGAAUGAUUGCUGCCAAUCUUGUACACGAACCAACUGGUCCUAGCAAGUAGAAAUUCAUUCGUAGACUUCCGUCGAUCACGUCAGCACCGAAUACCUGUUUACGAGAUACCUCGAUCGCUCCCGGAUAAACUUCCGACGACCCCACUGAGAGCAGUGACUCCCCCGUGAUUAAGAAGCGUAAGUACACGUAUCUCGUCCGAAAGGUGCGGCGUCAAAAACUCCGUUUUGUGGCAGGGAUUGCCUGCUGGCACAACACUAGCUACUGAUCCAGAAUUGCAACAAGCCAAACCUAAGUCCAAGAUACUGCUUGAUGCUGCGAAGCAGCAGAGAUUGAGCGUUGCAGCAGCUCAAUCGCGCAUGACAGAGUGCAUGGUAAGAAAGAAAAAUAGAUUUCCAACGCUGGUUACUGACUGCUAUUGCUGAACCAAA